CAAGUCUGAACUGGUCCAGUUCAAUGUAUUUUAUUGGUCCGUCCAAUCCAUCCCCUACCAUUGCAAUGAUACAGGAAUCAAAGAUCAUGCGUCUCUGUUGACUGUUGCCUCCUUAAAUGAACCCAAGGCAGGGAGUUGCCAAACACAAACGGGUUUUGCAGUCGGUUGUUUUAAGCCUUUCGCGAGCCGAUGGUUAAAAAACUGGCUCAUUGAGAAAACCAAAAUUUCAAACGUUUGAUAGAAUUCCAUGUCCGUCCUUUCUCCCUCAACCCCUUCUCCUUGUCUUCCAAAUUCAAAGUUUCAUCACCAUUUCCCUCCGUUGAGAACGAAACCGCCUGACAGCCGCUUCAGCUCUUUCUGUAAACUCUUCCACCCACAAAACCAACCUCCCAGGACAACCCGGUUACGUCUUAGGUCGAGCAUCUCAGCUACUCAACCACCUGUUUUGGUCAACCACUGGCUUCGGCUCCUCCAAAUCUCAAUUGAAUCUAGAGGCAUCUUGUUAGGACUGGCAGCUCACGCGCUUCUGGUUAAAUCGGGCCCUGAAAAUGAUGCCUUCCCGGGCAAUAACCUCAUCAAUAUGUAUUCCAAGUUUGGCCGGUUGGAAGAUGCACAAGGGGUCUUCGAAGAAAUGAUAAUAAGAAACACAAUCACAUGGACUUCACUAAUGAAUGGGUACUCUGGUGUCAAUGAUUUCGAGUCUGUCUUUCGGAUUGCACAGGAGAUGCAUCGGUCCGGAGAGGAGAUCAAUGAACAUACUUGCACGGUGGUUUUGCGGGCAUGUGGGUUCCCUCAAGAUCGAAGUCGAGGAGAACAGAUUCAUGGUUUGGUCAUUAAAAGCGGAUUCGAGAAGAAUGUCUUCGUGGGUACCUCUUUGGUUUCCAUGUAUUCGAGAAGUGGCUCAUUGGACGACGCAGAGAGAGUGCUCAAGGAGCUGGAUGAUGUUGAUGUUCGGUGUUUAAAUUCGAUGAUCCUAGAAUACAGGAAUGCAGGAGAUGGGGAGAAAGCAAUUAGGACUUUUUCUCAGUUGCAAGCUUCUGGUUUGGAGCCAAACGAUUAUACAUUUACCAAUGUCAUUAGUGCUUGCCAUGGGAAAAUUGGUGCAGCAGAAGGCAGGCAGUUUCAUGGACUCGCCAUUAAAUAUGGUUUCACAAGAGAAAUUUCGGUUGGAAAUGCACUAAUUACAAUGUAUGGGAAGCAUGGGUUGAUGGAAGAUGCCGAGAGAAUGCUCUGCACAAUGGAUGAGAGGAAUUUGGUUUCUCGGACGGCACUUAUAUCUGGAUAUGUUAAAAAUGGUUAUGGUGAGAAAGCCAUUUUCGGGUUCAUGGUGAUGCUUGACAUGGGAAUGUUCGUUGAUUCUAACUGUUUGGCUACUAUUAUCGAUGGUUGCUCAGAGUACAAAAGCUUGGGAUUAGGGCUUCAAGUUCAUGGGUUUGUAGAAAAGCUUGGGUAUAUAUCAGAUGCAUUUGUGGGGACUGCUUUAGUAGACAUGUAUGCCAAACACAAAGAUAUUAGGUCUGCAGCUCUGGUUUUUAAUAGUUUAUCCAAUCAUAGCAUCACCUCAUUUAAUGCAAUUCUGACGGGAUACAUAGAGACGGAUGGAGGCCACGAAGAUGUCAUGGUUUUGUUUAGUCGAAUAAGAUCAGCUGGAAUAAGACCAGACGCAGUUACUUUUUCAUUGCUGCUUGAUUUAUCUGCUGAUCAAGCUUCUCUAGUUCAGGGGAAGAGCUUACAUGCAUACACCAUCAAAGCGGGACUUGAAUCUGAGACUACUGUUGGUAACGCUGCAGUUACCAUGUAUGCCAAAUGUGGUAGCAUAGAAGAUGCUUACCAGAUGUUCAAUGGAAUGGACACCCAUGAUUCCAUCACCUGGAAUGCUGCAAUUUCUGCAUUUGCCCUUCAUGGGCAAGGGAAAAAAGCAUGGUUUCUCUUUGAAGAAAUGCAAAAGAGAGGAUAUCAGCCUGAUGAGCUCACUCUACUGGCUGUUCUUCAAGCUUGCUGUUAUUCAGGCCUAUGUGAAGAUGGGUUUCGUUUAUUCAAUGCUAUGGUACCAAGCUUUGGGAUAAAGCCGGUUAUUGAGCACUACGCCUGCAUGGUUGAUCUUUUGGGCCGGGGUGGGCGUUUAUCCGAAGCAAUGGAGUUUAUUAAGGGAAGCCCAUUUGCCUCGUCACCUCUGCUUUGGAGAACUUUGGUGAAUGUGUGUAAGCUACAAAGGGACUUCAGUAUUGGAAAGGUUGCUUCAAAAUUUUUACUAGAUCUGGCACCUGAAGAAGCAGCCUCCUAUAUACUUGUUUCUAACUUGUAUACCGCAGGGGGAAUGUUGAAUGAGGCAGCAAAAGUGAGAACAAUGAUGAAUGACAGGAAGGUAAGCAAAGAAGUAGGCUGCAGCUGGAUUGAGAUUGAGAAUAGAGUACAUCGGUUUGUGGCAAGUGGGAAAGACCAUCCAGCAAGUAGAGAAAUCUAUGCAAGUUUGCAUAAAUUAAGGGCACAGAUGGCAGAAAAAUGUGAUCCCACAAUUGACCUUAAACUGCCCUGGAAUCUAGAAUAGCCAUUUGGAAGGGACCCCAAAUUUAUUAUCCAUGAAUGAAAAUAAAGGACAAGGAUUGAGAUCAACUGCUUUGUUAGGGAAAAGAAACACAAUUUUUUUUAACUCCAAAUGCUCAUGGCCCUAUUACACAGUUUUAUACGCUCUAGAAAUAGAUUGGGAAGAAACAAAAAGGGAAAAAAAGAA